AUGAACGGGUCGAACCCGAAGGCUGCGGCGGCGGGCUCGGCUGCCGGGCCCCGGGGGCUGGUGGCUGGCAAGGAGGAGAAGAAGAAGGCGGGUGGUGGCGUCCUGAACCGGCUCAAGGCUCGGCGGCAAGUGCCUCACCAUGCGGCCGACGACGGCCUCGGGGCAGCGGUCACUGAGCAGGAGCUGCUGGCGCUGGACACCAUCCGGCCGGAGCACGUCCUGCGCCUCGGCCGGGUCACCGAGAAUUAUUUAUGUAAACCCGAAGACAAUGUCUACAGUAUUGAUUUUACUCGCUUCAAAAUUCGAGAUUUGGAGACUGGGACGGUGCUUUUUGAGAUCGCCAAACCUUGCAUUUCAGACCAGGAAGAAGAUGAGGAGGAUGAGGGUGGAGAUGUGGACAUCAGUGCAGGACGCUUUGUCCGCUAUCAGUUCACACCAGCAUUUCUCCGCCUGCGGACAGUUGGUGCCACGGUGGAGUUCACAGUAGGAGACAAACCUGUGUCAAACUUCCGGAUGAUUGAACGACACUAUUUCCGGGAACGCUUGCUGAAAAACUUUGACUUUGAUUUCGGCUUCUGCAUUCCCAGCAGUAGGAACACUUGUGAGCAUAUCUACGAGUUUCCGCAGCUUUCUGAGGAUGUCAUUCGUCUGAUGAUUGAAAACCCUUAUGAGACUCGCUCUGACAGCUUCUACUUUGUUGACAACAAGCUGAUAAUGCACAACAAAGCUGAUUAUGCAUAUAAUGGAGGCCAGUAACUGCUGCAGGAGUGGACAGGGGGUGCACUUUUCUGCUGUUGUGAGGCCUUGGCACAUGGAGGGGAUUGCAGUUUCUGUGUGUUAACAUCCAUCUGGAAUCUGCUCCAGGAAGCAUGGCUGGGGUGGCAGUUUCCUGUGCUCCAAGGAGGUGCCAAGCAGCGCUGUGUUUUUUUCCCCCAGUAUUUCUCUUUCCUUUUCCCCUGCCCUUUAGGUCACAGAGGUAUUAUAGUAAAGUAAAAAAUUAGGACAAAGCUCUUGGUACCUAGAUAAAAAAGAGUUUAUUUCCAUGUAGUUCUAGCCGUCUGCUGGUUAUCCUGACAAGCCUGUCUCUCCAGGCCAGCUGUGCCUGGGUGAAAGGGCUGUGGCCGGGCCCACCUGCAGGGUAGUGACCCUUCUCCACAUUCCUGGGUGCUGCAGGUAGGCCUCGUUUGUGCACCUCCUCUGCUUAGUUCUGGUGUUGCCAUCAGCAUGGCCUGCCCUCAGCCUUGACACAGUCUUAUACCAACUGGAAGAAACUUGAAAGUGACUGGAGAGAAGGAGGUGGCAAGAGCUGAGGCACUAGGGAUGGGAGUUGCUGCCAAACUGAAAGACCCAUUUUAUGGGCAGGCUGCUUAUCUGACUCUAGGAUCCUCAGCAAGUCCUCCGGGCACAGACCCAAGGUUUUAACCUGGUGGUGCCUUCUUGUUCUCAUUCUCAUUCCGGAGGACAUACCAGCUUGCUCUGCUUCUCCUGGCUCCUCACUUGUGAACAUUUCCCAGAGUGGAAUGUGUCAGUCUGGCUCAUGGCAUAUGGCGUCUCUCCAGACCAGAACAGGCCUUUUGUAUUUUGAUUUUUUUUUUUUUUUCAGACUUCUUUCGGGGAGUUCUUACAAAAUGUCAGUGGUGUUUUCAGAGCAUGUGAUGUGUGGUUAUACGUCUUAUCAGAAGUUAAUUUGCUUCUGGGGCUAAUCUGGCUCACAUGGAGGGGAGGUGUAGUUACACACCAGCAGCUGCUUUAAAGAGAGAUAAGAUCUUUAUACAGCAGAGCCUGGAGGAUUGGCUUAAAGGGGGUGUGCCUCCAAAACUCUUCAUGGGUUUCUUAAGGGUUUCUUACCCACCAGAAAAUAGUUUCUAACUGAAGUAGUUUGUGGAACCAUCUGGCAAGCCAGAGCUAAUUAAUGCAUAUUCUGAUCCUUUGAGCUUCUGGUUGGAAUUGUUUCUUGUGUUUGGAAAGGAUGAAAUAGGCUGAGGUAGCUUGUCAGAGUGAAAUCUUCUCAAAAUAGCUGCCUGUGCUUCCUGUGGGCUGCGCUUGUCCUCAGUCCUCAUCAGACAAACUCCCACCUCUUCUGCACCCUAGGUUGUCUGUGUGGUUGGUUUAUGUGCUCAGCCCAGACUCCAAGACCAUCUGCUGUGGCUGAGGUCCGUUUAGCAUUGAUAGAGGCAAGGGUCCAGGUGUGCCAUAAGUCACUGUGAGGCAUCACAGUACGUACAACGAGAGCUGUGUUCUGAGGUGCUUGGGAGAAAGGCCAGGUGGGACCAGAGGAAAAUAGGCCAGCAAUUUGUCCUAGAAGCUGCUCUGCAUUCUCCAGGCAGUGAUGCUCCCUGUCGGCUUCUAGACCGUGAGUGGCCUUGAACUUUGGGCCAGUGCUCUUUGGCCAGAGAAUCGGUAUUGUCACUUGCUGGCAGCUUUACUCUUCAUUCUGGCUACUGGAUUCAUCCACUGAGGGAGAGAAGAAACCAGGUGCCCUGUGAGUGCCUCAUCACUAGACUGGUGAAUCUCAGAACUGGAAUCCACUCCAAAUCCAGGUGUUGUUAAGUGUUGCUCUGUUCCAUAUGCUGCUGGGGACAGCUGCAUUGCCAUUGUUCCCUCCUCACCUGUGGACAAGACAUCAGCACUGUCUCCUCACCUGCUGGUUCUCAUUGUGGCUCCUCUAAUGGAAUUUGCAUGUUUCUGUCAAGCUUUAGAAUGCCACCUCCUCUCAGUGACAGAAGCCUAAUUAGGACAGGUUCUGCAAUCCAAGAUUUAAAUACUACCUAAGAAUGUACUUUGGGGAAUCUGUCCAAAGAUCUGCUUAAUAGAGUGUGUCUUGAAACCGUGUCCCAGAGCAGGCUGUCUCAUGUAUAUAAGUGUGCUGGCUGUUACCUGUAGUGUUGGCUUUUGUUAGGAAGAGCCCCUGCAGGAUGGAGGAGGUAGGCACUCUGGCCUGAGGGGUGCUGUAUCCCCUACCUUGUUAGCUCACUUUCGUCUCACUGCAGACCAUUUCAAGGCCAAGUGCUCAGUUGUGUCCAGCAGGACAGGAAUUUGCAAUCCUCUGCUGCUGAAGACCCAGUGUUCUGUGUUCAGGCUUUGGAGCCCUCUGUCUAUCUGCCUGGGAAAUCUAGAGAAACCAUUACCACUCUGGUUGUUGGCUGGGAGGAGUUCAAAAUUCAAAUUUUUUGUACCUGAAUUGAGUGAACUGGAAGUGAUACUUUCUGUGAAGGUAAUUGAGCCAAUCAGAAGUUGAGUCAGGAGGCUAUGCUAUUGAGAAAUCUGGACUGCUGAUAGCAGUUACCUUGCAGGUGAUACAAAUGGGAGAGAAAACCCAAGUUCCCUGUGGGGGGAGACCGUGCCUUUUAUCAAAAGUGGUCUUCAAGCUGCAGCUCCUGGAAGGAAUUCAUUCCAGCAGUGAGUGGGGGCCUCUGCCUCACUUCUCUCCUUGUUCCUCUGCCUUGGAAUCUCCCUGAGAGGGCCUUUCCUCUCCUAUGUAAACCUCGGGCUCUGCUGCCCUUCCAGUUUCUCCAAAGAUGAUCCUGGUUUCAUUCUGUGUUCUAAACCAUAAACUUGGAAACUUGGGACUGCAGGUAGUUGGGGCCGAACUCCGCAGUUGUCUCAACAGUCAUCUCUCAUGUUAGCUCAGAGCUAAUUUGCAAAGAAAAUAUUCUUCAAGGGCGUGUACUUCCUAGAGACUCCUUGGGCUUUGGGAUCUUAUUUCCAAUACCUGGGGACAGUGAUUUGCAGAUCCUUGGGGCUGACUGUAGACUGGUGAUUCUGGAAAUGGGAUGACUGGGAAUCUUCAACUUAGUUUUUCAGUUGAGGUGGAUCCCAUUUCUGGACUGGAUCUAAUUAGCUGUGUCUAAUGGGCAAACAGUGAGGACUACUGCCUUUUUGCAUCCUUGUCACCCUGGUAGGCUCCCAGAGUACUCUUUUUCUCCGCCCUCUUCUGUAAAGUCACUUUCUUCUGCAUGUCAUUGUUACAUCAGUGAGGUUUGGGAAUGGAGAUAGUGUCCUACAAAUCUCAGCAUACACUCCUUGCCAGUGCCAAGGGUUCCUGCUGUGGAAGGUGCUGCCAUACCCACUGAACCAUCAUGUUACAUUCCAUGUCAAGAACAUUUUAGCCACAAGGAGGAUCUGGUGGCGAUGGAUCAACCCCUUGUUUUACAAAGGAUCAUGUAAAGUCAUUGAAGUUGUGAAAGUCUAUUUUUUCCCUAUAAAUCUGUUUUUCACAGAAUAUGAGAAACAUCAAUGACCUGAUCUAUCCUUCCUCCUCCUUCCCACUUCGCCAUGAUCCACAUUCCAGUUUGUAUUGUCUUUGUGUCCAAAUUAAAGUAGGUGACUUAUUUGUACAAAAUGUUAUUUUGCCACA